AUGUCGAACGGAAUUAACAACCCUUCUGGGAUCUUUAUUGCUGCCACUGGACCUAUUUAUCUGGCACUUGCACCUUUGGCAUCGAAAAUCGCCGCACCUAACGGGAUUGUUCAACAGCUCACCGAGACUUUGGUUAGCCUGGCCACCCGCAGUGAUGUAGCACCAGCCCGUGCAAUCCCUGCACUUACUCUAGUUUACGCACUGUGGAGUUUUGUCGGCAGUAGCGCUCUGUCGGUCGCCGGACAAGCCAUGUCCAGAUCGGCUGGUCUCGAUCAUGAUCACCCUCGGAAACAUCGCAGCAACAUGGAGGGGGUUCCAUUGCGUCUCAUGUCUGCCCAUCAUGCGCUUAUCGAGAUAUUCCCAUUGUUUGCGGCUGCGGCUUGUUUCGCUCAAGUGCUGGCCCCCGGAGAUCAGCAGAUUCGGAAUCUUCUUGGUCUUCAUGUGUUGUUGAAGACUUUCGUCUUCUACCCUUCAUAUGUUGCGGGGGUUUCUCCGGUCAGAUCACUGUCCCAUAUACUUUCAACUUCCGCUAUUAUCCGCGUCCUUUGGUUGCUCGCAAACUGA